CCAUGGUGUAUGUUUUAUCUCGUAUAUUUAGGUUUAGUCCAGUGACUAGCAGUGACUAAUAGUGAUAAUGCCGUCUGCAGAGGAUUUGGAGAAUGAAAUAAAAAAAGUUGAUAAAGAGUUGACGAAGAUUGAUGUCGAGAUACGAAAAUUAAAGAAAACUCAGGCCCAAUUGCAGGAUAGAAAAACUUCUUUGAAAAAUUCAUUAAAUCAAUUAAAGUCUGAUACUUUGUCUAAUGUGGACUGGGCUGGUACUGAAUAUGAAUGGACCCAAGAUGUUGAUAAUACUUUAAGAAACAUCUUUAACUUAGAUUCAUUUAGGCCACAGCAACUAAGCGCAAUUAAUUCUACGCUUUCUGGUCAGCACUCAAUCGUUGUCAUGCCGACAGGUGCUGGUAAAAGUCUAUGCUAUCAAUUACCGGCAUUGGUAAAACCAGGUAUUACUAUUGUCAUAUCACCAUUAGUCUCAUUGAUGGAAGAUCAAGUGAGAUCCCUAAAAAAUAGGAACAUUCCAGCCAUGUUAAUGACUAGUAGUAGUCCUAAAGAAGAAACUCAGGCUGCACUUAAUCUGCUGAAAGACAAGGAUACUAAAAUCAAACUGCUGUAUGUCACUCCGGAACGACUUGCUAAGAGUAAGAGGUUCAUGUCAAACUUGCAAAAAUGUCAUGCUGAUGGUAGAUUGCAGAGGUUUGCUAUAGAUGAAGUGCAUUGCUGUUCACAGUGGGGCCAUGAUUUCAGACCUGAUUAUAAGUUCCUUGGUAUCCUCUCUAAUAUGUUUCAAAAUGUGCCAAUAUUGGGAUUAACAGCUACAGCUACAAGUCAUGUAUUAACAGAUGUACAAAAAAUUCUUAAUAUCCCAGGAUGUUUAAUUAUAAAGUCUACAUUUAAUAGACCAAAUUUAUUUUACAAAAUAUUAGAGAAACCAUCAUCACAAGAGGAUUGUCUGAAUAUCCUAGAGAAGCUUUUAAAAUAUAGAUACAAAAAUGAAACUGGUAUUAUAUACACAAAUAGUAUUAAAGAUUCUGAAGAAUUGGCUAGUGGAUUACGCAAAAAGGGCUUAAAAGUAGGUUGUUAUCAUGCAAAUAUGGAGGCUGAAGAUAGAUCUAAAGUACACCUAAAAUGGCAUGAUAAACAUUACCAAGCAAUAGUGGCCACAGUUGCAUUUGGCAUGGGCAUUGAUAAACCUGAUGUCAGGUUUGUUAUUCACCACACUAUAAGCAAAUCUAUGGAAAAUUAUUAUCAAGAAAGCGGUAGAGCUGGAAGAGAUGGCUUAAGAGCUGAAUGCGUCACUUUAUACAGGAUGCAAGAUAUUUUCAAAAUCAGUUCUAUGGUCUUUUCCUCUGUUGGUGUUCUUGGACAUUUGUAUGGUAUGGUUAAGUACUGUAUCACUGGAAAUAUUUGCAGAAGAAAACUUAUUGCAGAACAUUUCAAUGAAGAUUGGGGCAGUGAUGACUGUAAUCAAAUGUGUGAUGUAUGCUUUGAAAACAAUAUUAAUACCAAAGAAAUACGACUGGAAUCUCAUUGCAGGACCAUUUCUAGUAUAUUAGAUUAUGCUGAUCAACAAGAUGUGAAGUUAACUGCUCAAAAACUACUUGAUGCAUGGUUUCUUAAAGGUCCAGUUAAUCUAAGACAUAAGGGUAAAAGUCCUGAUAUUCCAAGAAUUUUAGGUGAAGAUAUAAUUGCAUUCUUAUUGGUAGAAAAUUAUCUCGUAGAAGAUUUCCAUUUUACUGCUUACAGUACAAUAAGCUAUAUUAAAAAGGGACCCAAUAUAGAUUUUGCACAGGACUCCGAUUUUGUUUUGAAUAUGCCAGUAAGGCGAUAUACAGCAUUUGAAUUGGAAUCAAGAGCACCUAGUUGUACACUUGAUAAAGACAGUAUUAAGACGACAUCUCAAUCACUUAAUAGUUAUAAUGAUGAAAAAAAUAAAACUGAUUCAAAGAAAAGAACUAUGAAUGGUAGUGUUCCCAAAUCCAAAAAAACAAAACUUAUAAUUAUAGAUGAUGAUAGUGAUUAUUAGUUUUAUGUCUAUAAAAUAAUAAUUAUUACUCCAUAUGUGCUUUCAUUACAUACAUAUUUAUUAUAAACCAAGACAAUUUUUUCACAUAAUCAUGUAGGUAAUUUUACAAACAGUAUCAAAUUGUAUAAUAGGUGUACAUAUACUAUUUACCAAAGUGGUAAUUAAAUAUUAAACACGCCUCCUCGGUGAAUACUGUAAAGGAGACAAUCGAGUAUAAGCAUUAACAUUUUCUUCCUUUGGUUGUUUUCUUGAUGUAUAGGAAGUAAAUUUGGGUAUCUCAGAUUUUUUACUGUAAUUUGAACCACCUGCAAACAAAAACAAAAACUUUAGAAUUUUAAAUAUAAACAUAAUAAUUUAUUAAAUAUUGGUAACUGCAUAGAUACAGUAAAGUAAUCUAUUGAGCCUGUUGAGUUUUACUGUACAUACAACUGAAGUGGCUAUCUACCUGCACGUUAUAUUAUACACCUUAUGUUAAUUGAUGCUAAUGCAUACAGAUAACGCAAGGGUGUUAGGCUCAGUUUCAUUUUUUUUUUCGGCUCUUUACCUUAGGGGUUCGGAACCACCCUCCCAACGGGGGACGUCGGCGGUGAAUACUUCAUUGGAUACCACACA